ACACCCUGUGGGAAAUAUUUUUGUGGAUAUGAUUUUCCAAAACACAAAUGUAAAAAUGCAUAUUCGUGGAUAGGCUUUUGUGGGUUACAAAUAAUAAAGUUGAACUUCCGUGGAGAGUCCUUUUGUCCAGGUGUAUGUUGCAUCUUUAUUUUACUGGUCUGGUCAAAUAUUGUCUAAAAGUAAUCAUUACUUUGAAUCAUGAGCUAUGAGCUAUUAAAUGUAUCAAAUGUAAAAGAUACUGACUGAUGUAUUAAUAUGUACUUUAUUAAAUUCUUAAUACUGAUGCAACAGUGUGAAAGUAGCAUUUUACUGUUAGCUGGUUGAGGAGUAACUUUUUUGAAUUGAAUGAUUAGGGUUGUGAGAUGAUUAAUGGGGUACAAAUGUAAAACAAUAAAAAAAAAAGUCUGCAACACAAAUAUAACUUUUUCAGACUAUUCUAGUCUUUUUUUUAUAUGAAAACUUUUACAUUAAUAUUAAUUAAUAAUUAAUGUUGAAUUUUAACAGCUACAAAUGAACAUGAAAAUGAACUAGUAGCUAUAGAAAGAAAAGUGAGAUCACAGAGAGAAAGAACAUCAUUCUGUGAUAUCAGGCACCAACACACAAAUUAUGUGUGGGUGUGGGUGACCUUAUAUGAGGGUUAGUUUGUCUUCAGGACAAACAGUUUGCAUUAUGUUUGCAUGAUUUUGACUGUUCGCAUGGAUUUGCCUGUUUUGGGUGUGUGCUAUGGUGAAUAAGCUGAAAUUGAUAUUGUGCAACAGUAAGUUAUAAAUGAUGUGUACACAUGAAGGAACAAUUUCAACACAACACAGCUUUACUAAAAGACAAAACUAAAGAUUCAUGAUCUGUUUUGUGUGCGUGGAAGCUGUAAGCUGCUGUAGAUACUGUGCACCAGCAAGUUGUUUAUUUGUAUAUUGAAAUAUUGAAGUAGAGCCACUUUGUAUAAGCACUGGUCAAAGAACUCAUCCUCUAAGCUUUCUUACAGAUAAUGGCAUGAUACUUCGAAAAGGUUGUAUUCUCUGACAGCAAGUUUAGGCUCAAAAUGUCCCCAAAGCAUUUCUAACCUCAAAUCAACAUUGUCUAACCAAAGCCUUUGUUAUAUUGUCGGUUAUAGCAGCUGUAAGACUCAUUAAACCAUGUGAUCUCUGUCAGCGAAGGGAGGGGACAGUUUUUAUAAAAGAGUCCAAAGGAUCCACAGCAUCAGAAGAGAGGAUUAAGUUGAGGUCAAAAGUGGAAAAAACUAAAUUAGGUUUUCAUGGAGUCACCUGAUUUUGUCCGGGACAAAUUAACUGAAUGGGGCUUCAGUGAUUUCAUGCAGAGAUUUGAAGAUGAAGGCAUUGACAAGGAGACUUUUCUAAGUCUUGGAGAUUCAGGCAGCAUCAGUGGCUUGAUCCCUAAAAUUGGACCAAGAGUAAAAUUCAGAAAAAGACUCAAAGAAUACUUACAGUGGAAUUCCAUGGAGACAUGUGAUUUUGUCCAAGUGAAAUUAACUGAAUGGGAUCUCAGUGAGUUGAUUCAGAGAUUUGAAGACGAAGGUGUUGACAAGGAAGCUUUCCUAAGUCUUGAAGAGUCAGGAAACAUCAAUGUCUUGAUUCCUAAAACAGGACCAAGAGUAAAAUUCAGAAAGAGACUUAGAGAAUACUUACAGGCCCUGAAAAAAAAGGCACAGUUACGGUGCUCCUGAAAUAACAGACACUGAAGCGGACCCAAAUCCAGACCAAGAGGACACCCCUGAAAUGGACCCAACUUUUUUUCCAUGGCACUUUGAGUCUACAUCAACAUCUGACACAGAUCAUGACAGUGAGAUGAGUGAGGAGGCAAUUUCCAACUCAAGUACAGGCCUACUUGCUGUGAUACUCUUUAUUCUGCGUCACCAUCUAACUACGGCUCUGGGUGACUUAAUAGCUCUACUGAAUUUUCUCAGCUCUAACCUGGUUGUUCCAUUUAAGUAUCUCUCUGAUAAGAUUCCUGCCUUGUCUACUGUGUUUUACUGCCAUGUUUGUCAAAACUACAUGGGUAAGAAUCCUGAUGAUGCUUCCUGUUCGCACUGUGGCACAAUGUUCAACAAAAAAAGCAGUACUAAAAGUGGACACUUUUUUUUGUCUGCAUCACUGAAAGACCUUUUGAAAGACAUCCUUAAGAACCAUGGCACUGAGUUGUUACCUAAAACAGUCAACCAUGCGAAUAAUAUUAAAGAUGUGAUGGAUGGGAAGAUGUACCAGAAUCUGCUUAAACAAGGAAAGUUGGCUGCAGAAGACCUUACACUGUUAUGGAAUUGUGAUGAAGUACCAAUUUAUAACUCAUCCAGAUACUCGAUUUGGCCCCUUCAGUUUACAAUUAAUGAAUUUCCUUACACACAAAGGCAUGUGAUAGUUGCAGGACUUUGGUUUGGCCCAGAAAAACCCAAGAUGGGCACAUUUCUAAAGCCUUUCAUAGAUGAAAGUCGUGCUUUAGCUCAAAAUCCCUUUCAAUGGAGCGACAGCAAUGGCACAGUACACUCCUCAAAAGUCUUCUCCUUGGUUUGUUCCUCAGACGCCGUGGCAAGGCCACUACUCCGGAAUUGCAAACAAUUCAAUGGUGAAUAUGGUUGUGACUGGUGUUUACACCCUGGCAUGAUGGUCACAAAAGGCGGUGGAUCCAUGAGGUCCUACCCAUUUGAUGAAAACAAGCAAGCAGCAAGGUCAACCGAAAUGUUUAUGGAUAAUGCAAAACAGGCUGAAAACUCUGCCACCCCCAAAAAUGGAGUUAAAGGACUGUCCUUGCUUUCCAUACUUCCCUUGUUUGACAUUGUUUUUGGCUUUGUACCUGAUUAUAUGCACUCAGUUCUACUUGGUGUUUCCAAACAACUUGUAACUCUGUGGUUGGACCCAGUCAACUCUAUGAAACCUUGGUUUAUAGGACAAAAGAUUUCACUAAUGGACUUACGUCUUCUCCGUCUAAAGCCACCAUUAGAAAUAACCAGAUCUCCACGAUCACUGAAGUGUAGGGACACUUGGAAAGCCUCGGAGUGGCGAGCAUUCCUUUUAUUUUAUGCCAUUAGUGUCUUACCUGGUAUCCUGGAUCCUAUCUAUCUGGAACAUUAUUUUGACUUGUCAUUUAGUAUUCACAUUCUGCUACAGGAAUCAAUCUCCCAACAUGACCUUCGGCUAGCCCAUGAGUCCUUGGUACGCUUUGUAGAAUGCAUGAAAGUGCUUUAUGGUGAAGAAAAUGUGUCUUUCAACUGUCAUCAGUUAAUCCACUUAACUGAAAGUGUACAGAACUGGGGUCCUCUCUGGGCAACAUCAGCAUUUCCUUUUGAGAAAAACAAUGGAAAUUUAAGGGCUCUGCUUAAUGGCAUAAAUGAUAACCCUCAACAAAUUUACCAGAGGUUUGUCAUAUGGCAGCACUUACCCAGACACCUCAGUUCUUUAGUUUUUGACCGACAAUCAGAUUUUGGUGAGUUAUUAGCCAAGCUCACACCAGCAAAAGAUGGCAGUCGCUCUGACAAACUUCUUGGAAAAUCACGCCAUCUGGAUCUCACAGGAUCCACAAAACUAGCAGUGGAAGAGCUCUUAAAGCACCCAGUUCUUGUCAAAUCAGUAGAAGCUUAUGACAGCUUCUCUAAUGGACACACUGUUUAUCACUCUACAGACUUCAAAGAGUCAGACAAAACAGACUGUAAUAUUAAACUAAAGAAUGGCUGCUGUGGAGAAAUACAGUUGAUUUUACUUUUUAAAAAAAAAUGCAUUUGCACAUCCACUUGUUUGUGCCAGGCUAUUCCAAUCAUUGUGGUGCACCUAUAUGACAUCAAACCUGAUACACUGUUCAGCAAAAUACAUCCUGACAAAACAUUAAAGACUACCUUUGUGAGGGUAGAAAGGACAGAUCAACCUAAAGCUUUCUUCUUAGAGGAUAUCAAGUGUAAAUGUAUGUAUGUGGAUGGUUCGCUUGUGCCUCUACCAAACACAUAUGAGAGAUAUUAGAGUCACUGCAGGGCUAAAGUGUUCACAGCAGAAAGGAUGAAAAUCUUUGUCCGAAAUUCUGCUCAUACUCUUCUGACUUUAACUCAAAAUAAUAUUUUCACAUGUGGCCCUAAUUCUCUUCUGUAGAGUUAUUUCAAAUUGAGAAGAGUUAAAACGAUGGACUUCUAGCCACUAGGCAUUGUCUUUGAUGUAUGAUUAUGUUUAACUAGGGAGUAUGGCAACUGAGCUGGUGUUGACCAUGCAAUUACUGUAAUAUUUACUGGAUGGAUUAUGCAUGGCAGUCAUACUGCUGUGUGCCACUGCUGACCUUGUUGUUGAGUCUUAUACAGCCAACAUAGAAACUUCAAAAUUCAGUUAAGGGCCACUAAGAGCACUUUGUAACUAUUUAUUCAAACAAUUGAUUCAUUUCUUCUGGGCAAUUUAAGAACUUCUCAUCUCAGAAGAUUUUUUGUUUUUUUACUUUUUGUUUACUCUAUUUUACAAGUUAUGGGUCAUUUUGUUAUGUGUCAUUUGCGGAUGACCUUUUGCAUGUUAGACUGCAUUUUCUUUAGAUGGCUGUAAAUAGUGUAUUACAGGUAUAACAGGAAGAAAAUGAAUCAGUGUAUGUAUCUUUAAUAUUUAGUCAUUUUGGUCAAACACAUUCUUUUAUCUGAUCUAUUACAUUCACAAGGUAAUAUAAUACAUCUUAACUGUAUCUCCCUGAAAACUAUAUGGUAUGUUUUGCUGUAAAUUACUUUGUGAAGUAUUCAACUUUUUAAAGUUAACAUUAAAAACUGCAAAAAUGUAUAUAUAUACGUAUAUAAAAUGAUUUUGGAUGACUACAUGAUUCAGCUGUAUCAUGAUAAAAGUCAGUUUUACUGUACUGAAAGAACUACAGAUAAACCCUGUUUACUUUUAUUUGGUAAGGGGCCUCAUUUUGUCCUGUAUAUUGCCUAAUAUGCUGAUAAGGCCUUCUCUAUAUAAUCUUCAGAUGUGAGCCAGUCUCUUUUUUAAAUACACAAGAAUGGGUAUAAUAAAGAAAGAAAUGCUAGUAAAAAAGCGUGUGUCAUUGCAAUAUGGAUCAUGUUGUGUAACAUUGCACUGCUUGUGGUUGUAAAAGUGUAUGAUUUGCUUCUUCACAUGUGCAGCAGGUGUAGUCAACCUUGGAUUCAUGAUGGUUUCAAUAGAUUCCAUUCAUAGUCCAGUUUCUUAGCAAGACAAGUGUAUAAAAAUGUCAACUGAAAGGCCCAUGCCCAAUGAAAAGCAGCUGGAUUAACUUAGUGUAUAUAAAUCUUUAUGAGCCAAAUGGACAGAGACGUCUCAGAAGUCCUGGGAUCCCUUCUAAAGAAGCACUGUAGGUGCCAGUGAUGUCUGAUUUAGGAGGCUACAACUGAGAAGUUGAUCAGACAGUCAGUCAGUCAUUAUCUGACAGAGAGUAAGAACUAUUUAAUUUCCAUGCUUUGUAAUUUAAUCUGAUUCUUUAUAUGUGGAUGAUUUACAGAGCACCACAUUCCAGUGCUUAUAACAUUUAAAAAAAUAGAUAUGACACAUGCUAGUAAACAUCAUGUAACUAGGAAAUUAGUAGCUACUGACCCCCUGGUUCUGGCAUAAAGACUUCUUCCUGUCUGCUCACUUCAUACCUGUCCUUCUGAUAAAUCACAGACACUCUGAUUGGCUAAUCAAGGAGAAUUCUAGCUGUUUAAGUUUUGGUAACUGACUUCAAAUCAAAAGGGGAAAAGGGUAGACAAUAGAGAGAUUUCAAUUAUCUUUAAAGUAAAAGAAUGACACUAAUAUAUCUUAACAUUACAGUGUGUCUGAAUCUUCCACAUUCAGAUGUUUCAUGUAUACUGUGGGGAAAAAUCUAAACAUUGCCCACAACCACUGUUUCUAUCGCGUUGCACUUUACUGAUCAUUCUACACAAAUCUGAAGGCUGGCUGAGCGAUCUCAAACAACUGGGUGUGUGUCCCACCCACUGAAAUUAACCUUUUGUCUUGUUAAAAUCUCAGCAGGGUGCAAUCAGUCCUAAUGCGCAACACCUGUAUGCAAUUACACUCAUACUAUUUCAAUGAAAGCGAUCACUGAGGCGUCAGUGUAUGUGUUUGUGCCUUGGGUGAAGACCUACUUGGGUAAAGGCCACCCAAGAGUACUAAGCGUAGCUUUUUCUAAGUACACCUACUCACUUAAAGCCAACAUCUAGAACUGCAUUUAUGCCAUGUGCUACCAUACCAUUCGUGUUGUUUCCGGUGCACGCAAGAGGUAUCAUGUCGUUAGGCACAGAAAUCAGGCACCACAGAUAUCUAUCUACAUCUACAAAAUUACCAUUUCUUUUUUUUCUCUGUGAUUAGGACAAUUUUGGAGAAAAUGGGGCUGUGGGGGAAGGUGACUUCCCUCCAAGCAAAAACAAAGUGGGACAAUAAA